AUGACUUCGUAUAUCAAUGCAUCUUCACCAACAGGAAAUGAUCAUCGAAUCAAAUUACUUGCUUCCGAUUUAAUAUUUAGUGGUAUCGAUAAUGUUUUUGUUUAUCCAUCUCUUGAUAUCGAUCGAUUACAAAACGCUCUGAGAUACACACUUUCUUUCUGGCCAAUUCUAACUGGUCGUAUUCUUGUCAACGAUAAUGAUCAAUAUUUUAUUGAAUUCUCUGAUAAUUCUAUUCCAUUUACUUAUGUUGAAAGUGAUCAACUUGAACAAUGGUCAAAUCUACCUGUUGUUGUUAACGAUAUGACAAUACUCCAAUCAUUUAUUGAUUCAGUUCAAUAUAAACCUGACAUAGAAUCACUUCUUCGAUAA